AUGUCGUCUCUGGUCAGGUCGUUCGCGUCCCUCUACUGCCAGAAGCUGCGCUCCGCCACCCGCCUCGGACCCGUGACGGCGGCGCCACCGCGUUUCCAGGCAUUGAACCGACGGGGAUUGUCAGCCUCCAGCGGCGCGGCCGAGGCGAGACGUCCGCCGGCUCUGCCGAUGCCGAGCCAGCAGUCCCAAUCCCAACAACAGAAGCGGACGCCUUUCUUCACCUGGGCAAGAUUGGCCGUUGGCUCUAUUCUUGCUGCCGCUACACCAUUCCUGCAUUCCAGAUGGGCGUCGUUCCUGCGGAUUCAGAGGAUAUAUUAUCGCGUCCUGACUGCACGGUACUCACGACCGUUCAUCACUGAUGCGAAAUUUAACUGGCUGGAGGCUGGUUGUACUCAGGUCGACGAAAUUGAGGAGCACGUGAAGGGUAUCAUGAAUCACAGCAAGCACAUGCUGAGACACGACUGA